AUGGCCAGCACUCGCCAAACCGGGGCCACCGCAGUCCCAACCCGCAACCAGACGAAAGUCAACAUCCCUCCCUGGCACCCACCCUGCGAGCAGCCACUACAACUGCUAUAUCCCUCACACUUCGACGACGGCGCGACGCGACGAGACAUCGCAAAGGUCAACGGGCAUCCUCUCGGCCUUGCUCGCCGCAAGAUGAUCGACGACUUUAGCGCAGCGGGGGAGACACACGGCUUCACUGCCACCCUUUCCUAUGAAGAGGCCAUCACAGGUGCUGCUCGAUUCUCCGGCCAGGAGCCCCCACCUGUAACACCUCCUUUCUUCGCGAUCACGCUUUACCACAGGGUGAACAAGAUGGAACUCAUACAUGGUCAGGCGAUCGCGAUUAUCAGGGACAGCUUCGGAGUGGAUAAGCCUAUUAUCCGGUACUUUGAAGGGUAUUACGAUACCGACUUUUAG